UUUGGCGGGCAGAACGGCCGGGCGGCCGCGGGUGCGAUUGAAUUGCGAUGCGGGAGGGCGCAGACAGAGCCGCCUCCAUGUCCGCUCAGCCAGCGGUGCCUCGGGCCGCGGCAGCCACCGCAGAAGCCAAGCUCACCCACCCGGGCAAGGCGAUCCUGGCCGGUGGCAUUGCUGGAGGUAUUGAAAUCUGUAUCACGUUUCCCACAGAAUAUGUGAAAACACAGUUACAAUUGGAUGAAAGAGCAAAUCCUCCUCGGUAUAGAAGCAUUGGUCACUGUGUGAGGCUGACCAUUCAGGAGCAUGGUGUGAAGGGUCUGUACAGGGGCCUAAGUUCUUUGUUGUAUGGCUCUAUUCCAAAAUCUGCUGUCAGUUAUUACUUCAGUAAUAUCAAGGGAAACAUACCAAAUCACACUGGGUUUGGCAUGUUUGAGUUCCUCAGCAAUAUUGCAAAGGAUUCAAGUGGGAAACUAGACAACAAAAGGAGUUUGCUUUGUGGCCUUGGAGCUGGUGUUGCAGAAGCUGUCCUAGUAGUCUGUCCAAUGGAAACUAUAAAGGUGAAGUUCAUUCAUGAUCAGUCCUCUUUAAAUCCAAAGUACAAAGGGUUUUUCCAAGGUGUCCGUGAGAUUGUUCGGGAACAAGGUUUACGUGGAACAUAUCAGGGGCUGACAGCUACAGUCCUCAAACAAGGCUCAAACCAGGCUAUCCGUUUCUUUGUGAUGACUUCCCUUCGAAAUUGGUAUCUAGGUGAUAAUCCCCACAGAAAGAUGAAUCCGCUUAUUACAGCUGCAUUUGGUGCUGCUGCAGGUGCAGCCAGUGUCUUUGGCAAUACUCCAUUAGAUGUCGUCAAAACCAGGAUGCAGGGCCUGGAAGCCCAUAAAUAUAAAAAUACACUAGAUUGUGCCUAUCAGAUCCUCAAAAAGGAAGGCUUAUUAGCAUUUUACAAAGGAACAGUUCCCCGUCUUGGCCGAGUCUGUUUGGAUGUAGCAAUUGUGUUUGUUAUUUAUGAAGAAGUGGUCAAUGUUCUCAACAAGGUCUGGAAAACUGCCUGAUGCUGCUUUUAUAAGACUGACAAGGACAGUUUGGAUAGCUGGCUAGCCAAGUCCAAUGAGUGCAAAUCUCAAAUAAAUUUUCUGCCUAUGGUUUAUUAUCAAAGGUGUUUGAAAUGCAGACGCGAUCAUUCCAUCUUCAUUCUUUAAAGUGACAAACCUGUAAUCCAGACAUUACACCACUUCAAAGUGUAUAAAUUGUAUGGUGUAGAGAAAAGGCUAGUAGAGCAGUAUUACUAACUGCAUGCAUGCUGGCUCCUGACACAGCUGAAAUUGGUGAUCUUGGUAGGCAGAAAACCAAUUAAAGUAAAAACAUUUGGCCAGAUUCUGCUGUUUACAUGAGUGUAUCUCUGGAUUUAUUUUGUUGACCAUUAAACUCCAAAGAAGCCCCAUCUAAACACAAUGCUGUGUUAAACAACUAAAAGUUUUUUGUUUGGUUUGGAUUUUAAAUGUAUUUUAGUUAAACUUUUAAGCUGUAUAUGGACACUCUCUCUCUCUCUCUCUCUCUCUCUCUCUCUCUCUCUCUCUCUCUCUCUCUUUUUUAAUCUAAACCAGACUUGUAUAGCUAAAUUUACCCUGAGGCAGGGUGAACCACAUAAACUAGUUUUAUGUGUAAGUAAAAGUGCACUGGUUCCAAAACAGAUAAAGGUAAUCGGAUUCUUAACAUGUGCAAUUUCUGUGUGUAGACAAGGCUUGGGUGCCUUCAAUAGAGUUACUGUUUACUUACACUGAUAUAAUUGAGAGCAGAGUCUGCCACACUGUUCUUGAAAGAUCACAUAUGCUGAAAAAUUGGAGAAGGGAGCACACUUCCCAUGCCGACUGACGGCAUCUGUCAGGCUGAAUAGCAACUGUGUAAAUAGCUUUAUUUCUUAUUUAUUUAUUUUUACUUUUUGAGUUUGAUUUCUGGGCCAGGAGAAACUGCCUUGUAGGCUCCUGCUGUGAAAAUGCUGGGCCAGCUUUCUGAUUGGAGGCACUAGAAGUGGCAAGGAAUACUUGGGACCAGAUGACUGGCAUAUAAUAGGGAUGUAAAUAUCGGUUAAAAAAGUGAACUGUUAAACUGUUAAAAUUAUAUCAUUUAAUUGGUUAACUGACACCACUCCAGUGCAGGGGUCCCAGUGGAGCUGAGGGCCUGGCUGGGACUGUGGGGCUGGGAUUGUGCCAGCUGGCCAGGCUGGGGUUGCUCCAGUCAGCUAGCCCGACACAGCUCGGGCUGCUUUGGCCCAGCACAGCCAGCCCCCAGGGUUAACGGUUAAGGUCCAGUUAACGGUAAGCCUAAUGCUUACCGGUUAACCAUUUAACCUUUUACAUCCCUAUUAUAGCACGACUGGGCCCUUAUAUAUUUACUUAAGUAAAGCUCAUGUUGAAUUCGGUGAGUCUUACUUGAGUAAGGACUGCUGGUCUAGCCCUAUUCUGAAAUUGCAGAAUAAAGUUUCCAAAACUUCUACAGUGUUUCAUGCUCUGUUUGUAUUCUAGUAACUUUAUUUUGCCAUUGCAAUCUUACUAGAGAUCUGGCCCCAGGUUUCACUAGCCCCUGCUUCCAGCUUCUUGAGGGACAUCACUGAAAGUUGCUCUGAUGUUCUGUCUGGAACAGGAACUCAGGGAGCUGCAUCUUCAAGGGUUAGAUAAUGCCCUAAAACAUAUUUUGUAGUAUUUAUAUUUAUGAAUGGAUAAAUACGUUGGUUCUUAAUAUAUGCUUUAGUAAUCAGCCUGCCAAACUGGAACACUGAGCAUGGCAGAUGGGGGGUUUUGUCCCUGAAAGAGAGAAUAAACUUCAGACAUUAUAACACUUGUUCUUCAAAAAUGAUCCCAGUUGACCUCUUUAUUUUGGUGGUACGUUAGUCAUUAAGGCAUUUGAAGACAUUUUUAAUCUGUGAGCAUGGAUCCUCCGGGGGAUGGGGGUGGGGGAAAUACUUCUCUCUUACGCUAGUGUAAUUUCAGAAUUACUUCAAGGGUUGCACCAGUGAAUCUAAACCUAAUUUGGGUCCGAGGUGCAUACAGUUUAAAAAAAGAAAAGCAUUAAAAAAAGUUGGGGAAAGGACCAGAUCAGUGUAGAUAAACUGUCAUUUAACGUACUGUAUCCUAUAGCAUAGACUUGUUGUGGCAUUUAGGCUUGGACAAGCUAGAAAAUGUCAAACUAGAGCUAAACUCCCGGCAAUUUAGGCAAAGGAUCAUGUCAAAACAAAGGUACUGUCCUGUCUCCUAUUAUCCCUGUAGUAUCUGAACAUCCCUUCCUCUUGUAGUUCUCAUCACUAGCAUUUGGUUGAAUUUGUCACCAAGUACAAGAGAGUGCUAUAUUGCAUCAAUUAAAAUUGGAAACUUGGUUGUAGAAGCUUCCUUUACUGUACAGGAAACUUGUGCCAGUCUACUCUCACUUGCUCUCAGCAAGCAUUGGCCAACCGCAUGGUGCAUGUUUCUAUGAAUUGGCCAUUUACAUUCGAUAUCCAAGUAUUUCUGUAAUCUGAGACUUGCAGAUAAUUUGCUGCUGGGUUUUGUUGAAUACAAAGCACAUGUUAUCGAGGUUGGGGACAUACAGAGCAUGUUAGGAACUCCUCUAGAAUUGGGAGCCAUGUUAAGACAUAUAACAGGUGUUGCUUUUAACUGGCCAUCAAGGUAUACUGUAUUUAACACUUCUGCUGAAUUACUGAACUAUUCAAAUUUUAUGAAAAUUAAGCUUUAAAGUUAUGUGCAUUACUUCACAGCUGCCAUAACAUGGCUGCUUUACAUAGUCGCUGGUACCUCCAGAAUAGGCUUCCACCUUCAUAACUUAAAGAAUAACUUUAUUGCCAAAGUCAUUAUAACCCUCUUUACUCUCUCAAGAAACAGCAAGGCUGUCCCCAUGCACUUUUGAUUGAAGUUUCCACAUUGACCAAAAUUGUGUCCACUAAAAUCACUCUGUAGUUGCCAAAACUUCUUGAUCCUCAGUGACCCGUCUGUCUUAACUACGCCAUCAAAGGGACACCAGAUGAGUUGUCUUGGCCGACUGUUCUCUGUUUCUACAGCUCUAUCUUCAGCCUUAAGCAGUCUGCCAUUUAUAGCUGCAUCAGCCACUUCAACUCUGGUAUAGAUAACCAGUUCAAAGCCUUUGUAAAUGUUGUCCAAGUUCCUCAUUGCCACAGAGCCUAAGUAUGAUUCAUUGCUAAAAAUGGCUUUAGUGGCCACUUAGUUUCAAAGCUCAGCUGAGGAGGAAGCAACGCCUAAGGUGACAAACUACAGUGACAGAAAUAGUUAGAACAGUGGCUAUGUGAAGGGAGUUGACUCUGGCCUAUCAAAUAGAAAUAACAAAACUUUAAAUACUAGGAAGUUAAGCUUAAACAGGAGAGAGCGGAGGAAGUGACAGGAAAGCAUCAAGUCUGAUCAUGAAGUUUAAAUGUUGAGGGGAGUGACUUUUAGAAAUACAGCAGUGUUGAGUUGUAUGUGGGUUUGGGGACUAGUGUAUUUAGAUUUGUUCAUUUAGUCAUACUGGCUCAUAAGCCACCUAUUUUGAUAUUCUGAAUCUGCUGGACCAGAAACAAAAACACAUCAUUUUCAGUUGUGGCAAAAUCAGAAUGAUUGUGUUCAUCUACAGACAGCAUCUUUACAAAUUGGCAAGUAAAAAUACUGUACAUAGUUAAGCUUAUUUGUACAAUACCUAGUAUUGGUUGGGUCAGUAGAAUAUGGACUUGCCAGUUGGUCUGGUCAGUACUAACAUGCAAUUACUAGAAGGUCUCUAAUUUUAUCUAUUACUGGGCAACGUAACAAGGGAAUGCUAUAUAGAUCAAUGCUUCAGGGAGAGCCACUUUCUAAUGUUUGUGCCUCUUUUGGUGUUUCUUUAACAUUUCUAACUUGUUUGCUACAUUUAUUUUUAAUGUUAAAUGUUUACAAGUUCAAUCUUUUGUCUCGCAAAAAAAAUAAAAACAUCUAAAUAUGAAGCUUCUAAAA